CAACGUCAUCCACUAAAGCAGGAUCUGGCACAUACUCCCCAAAUCUGUCUCCUACAACAACCUCAGGCCACAUCAAGCCACUUUCAGACUUCUGCAAAACGACCUCUAAUGUAUCACCCAUGACAGUCCAACAAGUCAUGCCAGAGUCUAUCCUUUGAUACAAAAAACCCUCUAAAAGAACUUCAUCGCCAUUUUUAACCUUAAUUUACGUAGCCUGGACUUCCACAGUAACUAAAUUCUUGCUAAUAUUAGUAGAUUUCAUCGUGGUUGGCAACACUUGCCAAUUUUGACAUCUUUGUUUACAGCCCACUAUUUUGUAAUCAAUUUGUGUAAUCAAUUAUCGCUAAUUACCAUCAUGGACAGUCUGCAAGACUCCGAAAUGCUCCAAUCCAACGACAAAUCCGACCUGUACUCCAGCAUGUCCCAGAGCCACCUGCUCGACAGCAGCGACGUGACCAAGCGUCGAAGCUCGAACCGGUCCAUCAAGCGCAAGAAGUUCGACGACGAGCUGGUGGAAUACAGUCUAGGCCUGCCUGGAUUAAACACAGUAAAGAGCAACCGGUCCCGCACCCAGUCGCAUUCGGACUUCUCGGUGGCCAGUCCGUCGACUCCCCCGGUCGUAAGCGCCCCGGUGGUGAGCCACAGCGCAGACUUGAAGCGAAAACCGGCGUCCAAAACGGUGGCUAGCAGUUCGAGGCGCAACAAAAAGGGGCGCCAGCAGAACCAGUUCGCCACGAAAGACCUGGGGAGGUGGAAGCCGACGGACGAUUUGGCGUUGAUUAUUGGGGUGCAACAGACCAACGACUUGCGGACGGUGCACCUAGGGACUAAGUUUUCGUGCAAAUUCACUGUGCAAGAGUUGCAACAACGGUGGUAUGCUUUGUUGUAUGACCAAGCCGUGUCUAGAGUGGCUGUGUCAGCCAUGAGGAACCUACACCCCGAUAUGAUUGCAGCUGUGCAAGAUAAAGCCCUAUGGAGUCAAGGAGAAGAGCAGGUUUUGAGCACCAUAAAAUCAAGUGCUAACCCCACUAUUGACAUAUUCGGCGAACUACUGGCCCAAAACCCCGACGUUUUCUACUCAGGACGGACCGCAAAUGCGCUUUUUCGCCACUGGCAAACUCUAAAAAUGUACCACUUGUUGCCCGACCAAGUUUUGGGGCCCUUGCCUACGUCGGGACGGCCUAUAAUGACGUUCAAUGACGCCGAAGACAUUAUACAAGACUCUGAAUUGAGCGAGCCCCCGGAUGAAGCCCUUGACCGCGAACUGCGACUCCAACAAAGAAAAAAUAUCAAACAAAUCAGACAGUUGGAGAACGAGGUUGGCAGAUGGAAUGUCCUGGUUGAUAGUGUGACGGGAAUUUGUCCCGGUGAGUUGGACGGACAAACUUUGGCAGUAUUACGUGGUCGGAUGGUGCGGUACUUAAUGAGGAGCAAAGAAAUCAUUAUUGGAAGGUGCGCAAAGGGCUACAACGUCGAUAUAGACCUAAGUUUGGAAGGGCCUGCACAUAAAGUAUCACGGCGCCAAGGGACUCUCCGGUUGCGAAAUACGGGCGAAUUUUACUUGUCUUCGGAAGGGCGGAGGCCGAUUUUCGUGGACGGGCGUCCAAUCACAGCUGGGAAUAAAGUGAGGCUGUACGACAACGCCGUUGUUGAGAUUUCCUGUUUAAGGUUUAUUUUUUCCGUGAAUCAUGAUUUGAUUAGAACAAUUCAUGAUUCUUUAAGAUAUAAUGGUCCGUCUUAAGUUGAAUUGUGAUGUUAUUGUUAAUAAAUUAUCGCAGAAAA